GGCUCAUCGCAUGAUCACCAACCUUCAAGCUCCGAUUAGGCUUCUGGACGUUGGCUUGUGACACGUCCCUUUCGGCAGAAGAUUUCAGGUCAAAAAGGCAUAGCGCUGACGUGUGUGGAUGGACACAAAAGACCCGCUUAUCAAAAGUUCAAGCCUCAUCUACACGCCUCCCCAAGGCUUCUCUAGAAACCCGUUCAGAAAGUACAAUUCACAUUGAGGAAUUAGAGCUGCAUCCUCUCCUUGCACCGGACCCAAAGGUUUGCACUGCACCCCAGCUACUCCCACAUUCUACUCCCACAGCAACGAAAGCAAAUGCAAAGCAGCGCUCGCAGCGGUGCCGAGGGGGAGGAAGCUGCACGGAAGAGAUCUGUAGCGCAGUGGGAGUUGCGCCAGCUUUUGUGGGAAAGAGGAGUGUCAGAGGGUGUUCCCCUAGCUGUCGAAGCUCUGCAAGCUCGAAGCGAAGUGCAGCAAUUGUCAAGCUUGUCCCAGCCAUGCUACAGCUCAAAGUCCAGCUUCGGCUCAGAUUACAUUGUGAUCUUGGGCGUACCGGUCAAUCCGGACGGAUCGAUCGGUCCUUCACUCCGCUCUCGCAUAGAUCGCAGCAUCGCCCUCUCGCGGGCGCACCCAUCCAGCGUGCUGAUCCCGACCGGAUCGGCCGUGGCCAAUGCGCACGGCGAAGCGCUCAGCAUAGCGCAAGAGUUGUUUCGCGCAGGAGUGCCGAGAGACAAAGUCGUGUGCGAGAGAAAUGCGAGGACGACGUUGGACAACGCAGCUUUUGUUUGGAUCCUCCUGUCCGAAAUGGAAGGAUUUGCCGAGGAGCAUGGCAGUGCGAGGAUCGAUCGGCAUUCGACAUCAUCGCCAACAUCGAAGAACAGCAAAGUACAGGAGAGGAAGUUGUUGGAAAGCUUGACCGUCGUUGCGGAACCUUAUCACGCCAUGAGAUCCUUGAGGAUCUUUUGCCUCUUGAACCGAGCCAAACCUAUAUUUCGAAGCGUGAGGAUAAGGCCCAGCGAAAGGGUGCCACUGCCAGACAGCGGUCCAAGAACCGAGCUGGAGAGAUGUAUCGAGGAGAAGCGCAGGGUGUGGGCCGGCUGGUGA